UAGAGUAAGUCGCAAUUAAUAUUUCCAGCGAGCAAGAUGGAUCUGGUGAACAUGAUCAUGAAAUUUUAUUAAAUGUAUUUCAGAGUGAAAAAUGAGGCACUCGAUGAUUAUGAUUACAAAAUAAUUAACAGGAUACCCGUUACUCAGAAUAUUAAAUACGAAAGGAUUUGGCAAGGAAAUUCAGACCAAAUGAUUCAAGAAUAUGUCGAAAAUCAUGAAAAUGAACUUGACGACCUGGAAAUCGAAAUAGAAUGUACAGACAUGAAGCCCAAUUUUUUGGCGGUGGCAAAAAUUGAAGAUUGUUCUAAAAAUCAGAAGGAUAGCGAUGAGUAUAAAACAGGAAACAAAGUCAAAUUAGAAAACGUCGGGACAGUAAAGAAAGAAAUGUUAAAUGAAGAAGUAUUUGACUCUGCACAUAAUGGAAUCACACCUGCAUGUUAUAAUUCCGGAAAAUCAUCCAGGCAAAAGACUCAUCUGAAAGUCCACAUUGAUACAGUCCACAAGGAUGUCACAUACGCAUGUGAAAUAUGCGGAAAUGUAUUCAAACGAAGAGGUUAUCUCAAGAAGUACAUCGAUACGGUGCAUAAUGGUGUUUCCUAUGCGUGUGAUGUUUGUGGAAAGACAUUCAAUCGAAAAGAUCCUCUCAAACAGCACAUCGAUUCGGUACAUCAUAAAAUUAUGCAUCCUUGUAAUAUAUGCCAAAAGACAUAUUCAGACAAGUAUUAUCUUACAAUCCACAUCGAUGCCGUGCAUAAUCAAGUCAAACACGCAUGUGAUUCAUGUGGAAAGACUUUUCCAAGGAAAAAUGAUCUCCAAAGACACAUCGCUUCGGUACAUCGUAAAAUCAUGCAUCCAUGCUAUAUAUGCCAAAAGACAUUCUCAGCCAAGAGUAAUAUCAAAAAGCACAUCGAUUCGAAGCAUAAUGGUGUUAGACAUGCAUGCGAUAUUUGCGAAAAGAAAUUCACAACGAACUAUAAUCUUAAAAUCCACAUCGACUCGGUGCAUCGUAAAAUCACGCAUCCAUGCGAUGUAUGCCCAAAGACAUUCUCAGACAAGAGUAGUCUUAGGAAGCACAUCAUUUCGGUGCAUAAUAGUGUCCGACAUUCGUGCAAUACAUGCCAAAAGACAUUUUCAGACAAGAGUAGUCUUAGGAAGCACAUCAUUUCGGUGCAUAAUAGUGUCCGACAUUCGUGCAAUACAUGCCAAAAGACAUUUUCAGACAAGAGUUAUCUCAAACGUCACAUGGAUUCGAUGCAUCAUAAAAUUACGCAUCCAUGCGAUACAUGUGGAGCAACAUUCAUACGAAAAAUUCAUCUCCAAAACCAUAUUGACGUAGUACACAAUGUCAACAAAUUGUCUCAUAAUGGCACCACUUAUUCAUGCGCGACAUGCGCAAAGACAUUCGGACAGAAAAAAAAUCUUAAAGCUCAUAUCGACACGGCGCAUAUUAAGUCACGUAAUCAGACCUGAUAAAUAUUCAUUAUUUAUUUUCUAAAGUGUUAAAAAUUCUGAUGUACGAUACAGUGCAAUUGUUCAGAAGAUUGAAAUAAAAAAAUUUUUGAUACCUUGUUGAAGAGUUUUUGAAAAAAAAAACC